AUGAAGGAGCUCAAGAGCGGCAGUCUCGACCUGCUGCUUGCUGGAUGGGAAGCCGCUUUUCUGGAGCCAGAUAACGUAUGCGACGAGAGCGUCAUCUUCUUCGUUAGAAAGAACACUCGGCCGACCAGUGCGGCCUACGUAGCCACGAUACCUCCUGAUUUUGAUCACGACGAUUUGCGCGAUUCUGAGCACUGGAAUGGGCAACCGUGGGAGGUAAUAUUUCCUUCUGACAGUCCUCUUUUGAACACGACAUACGAAACUGCUGAAUUAGCCUUUGAUGCCUUAAAGGACUUGUGCAUUCGGAAUCGCAUGGGCCUCGUCACAUUACGAAGCCAGAAGAACAAGGCAAACACAAGGACCAUCAAAUAUGAGCUUGUCUGCGACAAGAGUCGGUCUAAUCCAAGGGAAUCUGUUGCCAAAAUACGGAAUACAAACACCACAAAGUUGGCCUCCAACUGUCCGUUCAAGGUCAUCAUUCAAUCCCUCCAGGCCAACAACUACGAAUGGUCCAUGAGAAUUGUUAGUUCUCUUCAUCGAGCUCACGGCCCAUCGGAACAUCUUACCGAGCAUUACCAUUGGAGAAAGUUAACAGAGGAACAAGAUCAUCUUCUGGAAGAACUUUGCCUAGACAAGACAAUCUCCUGUCGAUCUAUUCAUAAGCAGCUCCGUCAGAAAUGGCCCAAGAUUCCUAUUCGCCGAACAGAUAUUUACAACUGGCGAUGGACAGCCAAUAAGGCCAAACGUCAAGGAUACGGCCCUACCAACGAUUUUGUACGGACGCUUUCCGAGUCGAAGAGAGUCUGGAUAUGGGGCUUGGACUGGAUUGAGGAUGAAUGUCGCUUUCGCCAUGCCGCUUGGGGAUACCACAAAGGUGGCAAAAUGUGGCAACAAUUCUCCUCUUGUCUCCAGAUUGAUGCUACCUACAACGUCAACUGCUAUAAAAUGCCUUUGGUUACGGUUGUAACCGUAUCUUCGGAGAGGACCUCUAUGCCUAUAUGUUAUGGCCUUCUAAACAACGAACAGUUUGCGAGUUUUGAGUGGUUUCUCCAACAGCUAUCCCGAUUCCGACGAGCAGGCAAUAUCAGCCCCCCAGAGGUCAUCAUCACGGACAAAGACGAUCAGUUGCGUGAUGCAAUACGGCAAAUCUUUCCCGAUACACAACUUCAGCUAUGCGUCUUCCACAUCAAUAGUAAUGUGGUCUUAUACAUCAAGAAGUGGUGGAUGCAAGCCAAAAGUCAUGAGCUAGAUGACGAUCAUGACAAAAUAGAUGCUCUUGAUAUCCAGGAAAUGGAACGUGCGAACAACAAAGUUAAGCACAUGAAGGACAUAAAGCUUGGACCUCUUCCACAACGAUUCAGCGUCCCCCACUGGGGAUACCCAAGGGUCGGCCGCGGAAUGACGGACCAUUUGGCAACGAACGUGCGAUCCCGGAAUCACAACUUGCUCCUCAAGGCCCAACACAAAGCGGCGUCAAAAGGUCAGUACGUCGACAUUACUCUCAAUAUGAGCUAG